GCGGGGGCUGCGCCGCCUCACCUCCGCUGAACCCGCCGCUCCUCCGCGGGGACCGGAGAGCGACAUGGACCGCCCGCCGCAGCCGCCAGCCGCCUCCUAGUCCCGCUGCGGCAGCAGCAGCUGUGGGGCGGGUUGGGCAUGGCCCAGCACGAGGAGAGCGACGGAGGGCAGCGCUACCCCGCUGUUACCAGUUGGGCCAAGACAACCGAUGUAAAUUUAUCGAACUCCUUAAAUGGUUUGAGCUUCAUGGGAAUUCUGGACGGAAGAGUGGGCAGCGGUAUCCAGGGCCUUCAAAACUUGAACUCUGGGACCCCAAGAUCUCUCUCAUUGCCUGAGUAUGGGCCUGGCCAGCUGUCCAGUGCUUUAGAAGACUGUCAUAGCCUUAAAUCAGUGGAUUCUGGUAUUCCAACUCUAGAAAUAGGAAAUCCAGAGCCUGUUCACUGCAGUGUGUUAAAUGUGAAGAGAAAGCAGUCAGAACCUGAAAUUGUGCCUGACAGGGCUUUUCAGAGCGCAUGCACACUGCCGUCUUAUGUGCCUCCACAUUCUCUGACUUCUGAACAUGACCAUGCUGUGCGAAAAUCCUCUACUUUCCCAAGAACUGGGUAUGACACUGUCAAACUUUAUAGUCCAACUUCAAAAACUCUGAAUCGAAGUGAUGAUAUCUCUGUCUGUAGUGUUUCUAGUCUUAGCACAGAACUGUCAACAACUUUAUCAGUUAGCAAUGAAGACAUUUUGGACUUUGUGGUCACAAGCAGUUCAAGUGCAAUUGUGAAUCUUGAGACUGAUGAGGCACACUUCUCGGAUGUUACCCUGAAUUCCACUAAAGAGACCAGUGAUCAGAGCCAGCAGGAGUGUUGUCACGAGACAGAUGUGGACAGUAAACGAAAAAUAUUGGGACCGUUUACGAACUUCUUUGCCAGGAAUUUGUUUGCCAGAAAGCAAAGUGCAAGAUUGGAAAAACAAAAUGAUGUGGGAUGGAAGUUGUUUGGAAGAGUACCUCUCAGAGAAAACUCGCAGAAAGAUCCAAAGAAAAUACAAAAGGAAUAUGAAGAAAAAACUGGACGAGCUCACAGACCACUCUCUCCUAAACAGAAUGUGAGGAAGAAUCUUGAUUUUGAACCACUCUCCACUACAGCACUUAUUUUGGAGGACAGACCAGCGAACCUCCCUGCAAAACCAGCAGAAGAAGCUCAGAAACACAGACAACAGUACGAAGAAAUGGUGGUUCAAGCAAAAAAAAGAGAGCUUAAAGAAGCCCAGAAGAGAAAGAAACAACUGGAAGAACGCUGUAAACUGGAAGACAGCAUCGGCAAUGCUGUUUUAACUUGGAACAAUGAAAUCUUGCCCAACUGGGAAACUAUGUGUUGUUCCCGUAAAGUUCGAGAGCUGUGGUGGCAGGGCAUUCCACCGAGCGUGAGAGGCAAAGUCUGGAGCCUGGCAAUUGGCAAUGAGUUAAACAUCACCCAUGAACUGUAUGAUAUUUGCUUGGCUCGUGCCAAAGAGAAAUGGCGAUCACUUAGCACAGGAGGGGCUGAAGUAGAAUGUGAAGAUGCUGGAUUUUCUGCAGCUGACAGAGAAGCAAGCUUGGAGUUAAUAAAACUGGAUAUCUCAAGAACGUUUCCUAAUCUCUGUAUAUUCCAGCAAGGUGGUCCUUACCAUGACACAUUGCACAGUAUUUUAGGAGCCUAUACUUGUUACAGACCUGAUGUAGGCUAUGUACAGGGCAUGUCAUUCAUAGCAGCAGUAUUGAUCUUGAACUUGGAUACUGCAGAUGCCUUCAUUGCUUUUUCUAACCUUUUAAAUAAACCCUGUCAGAUGGCGUUUUUCCGUGUGGACCAUGGCCUUAUGUUGACUUACUUUGCCGCAUUUGAGGUAUUCUUUGAAGAAAAUCUGCCAAAGUUAUUUGCUCACUUCAAAAAAAAUAACUUAACUCCAGACAUCUAUCUUAUUGAUUGGAUAUUCACAUUGUACAGCAAAUCUUUGCCACUAGACUUGGCAUGUCGUGUCUGGGAUGUGUUCUGCCGUGAUGGAGAAGAGUUCUUAUUCCGUACAGCCCUAGGAAUAUUAAAACUUUUUGAAGAUAUUUUGACCAAAAUGGACUUCAUUCAUAUAGCCCAGUUUUUAACAAAGCUACCAGAGGACUUGCCUUCGGAAGAAUUCUUCACAUCUAUUGCUGCCAUUCAGAUGCAAAGUAGAAACAAAAAGUGGGCUCAGAUACUGGCUGCUCUGCAGAAAGAUAACCGGGAAAUGGAAAAAGGAAGUCCUUCACUCAAACGUUAAAAUUAUGGUUGCCUCCAGUGACUUGCGGGAAAAGAGCUAAAGUGGCGAAAGUAUUGAGUACUGUUUGACAUGUAUGAGCCUGCAAAUCAAAGUGUUAUUUCAGAGUUUUGUUUAGUAGUAGGAUAGCCUUAAAGGGGAGAGAGGAAAAAGAGAAGGAGGGGGGAAAAAAAAGGAAGGAAAUCAGGGCAUAAAACCCUUAUAAAUUAAACCUAGGCUUAGCCUUAAACUUCUAGUGGAAUGAGCAUUUGCUGUGGACAGCGUUACACAUUCUGUACUUCUGAUGAGGGCAGUGAAACUAAACAAUAUUAAGAGGUUUUUCUAAGGUGGUUUUUUUCUUUGAUGUUUUAAAAGACUGGGCAUUCAGCAAUGUUGGUUGCUUUGAAAGCUAUUCCCCAGUUUCAUUCUUAGGCAGGAUAUAUUUCCCAUACCUAUAACAGUAGCUGGAUCUGGAUUGUAAAUAACUGGUGCUGGAAUUCAUAGUUAAAUUAUGUAAGGACCAUUUCUUUAGAAAUGCUUCUUGUUUUAUAGGCUGUGGGUCCCAUUUACCAAAGAAAUCAUGUAGACAUCGAACUACAUUCCAUUCUUUAAUAAGAAAAAGUUAAGUAGAAAGCAAACUUGGAAGAGAAGUCAUGCUAGCAGUGCAAAACCAAUUAUUCUUCAAGAUGCGCUGGAAAUCAUAUGUUUCCAAUCUGGAUGCAUAUGGAAGAAGUUCCAUUAAUCAGACUAGAUUCCAAACUCACCGGGGGGUUUCUAGUAUUAAGCUGGCAUCAUUUCCCAAUUGUACUCUCCUUCCUCUGUUUAAAGCCAGGGUCACAUACUACUAAAUGUAUGUUUCCAUGUCUCCCUCUUCUGGGGCAGUGCCAUUUUGGGGUGUUCUUGCCUACCAGCUACUUAUUCCUGUGCCGUCUCCCCGGUCAUGCUGAUAAAACUGUGGGCUGAGCAGAUAAACUGAGAAAUGGUUAAAUGCAAUUUUUAUAGUUACUUUAAACCCAGCUCUGCUCACUGGCAAAACUGAGGAGGAAGGGUGUAGGGGAGAAGAUAUGUAAGCCAACAUUGCUGCUGAAAAGAAAAGGUUCUGUGGGAGCUCCUGAAGCUGCUGCUGCCAUAGUGGGAGAGCGUUAUGUGGAGCUGAUCUGUAUGUAGUGACAAGUGAAAGAAGUUUAUUGGGGAAUGUGCCAGACAAAUACUAUCAGGACAAGUACAAGCUGUCACUUCCUAGUGUUUUAUCCAGCUUCUAAUACAUGGGAGCAAGUUACAGAGGCAGCAAACUGCAGUUGCAUAAUUCUGUUAUACAGCUUAGAUCCCCUCUGCAUUCAGAUGAAUGUUGAACUGUAAAUCAUGAGUGCCUCUGAUUUACAAGAAUGUUUAUUGCAUAGUGUAUAGUGUAAAAUCUAUUUUAUAAAUACUGACUAUCAUUGAAAAGGGAAACUAACUGAAGCAAUAUUUCUGUUAACUGUAAACAGACGUUACUAAGUCCUCUAGCUAUACGGUCAGCGGUUUCCCAAUGCUUUCCAGUCUUUUAUGCUGAUUAUUUUGGCAUUGUCUGAAUAAAAAAAAAAAGAGAAUAAUAGUUGCACACUGCUCGACUCAACAUAUAAUGUAAAGGACUGUGGGACAUAAUCAAAAUACUGUCCUUUAGUACAAACAUUGUUUCUGCGAGGGAUAGUUUGAUUGUAAUAUUGGAAAGAGUGAGAGCAAGAUUCCCUGGUAAGUGAGGACUCCCAGUCACUUUGGAAGAUGUGUAAUGCAGAUGCAGCUUGCAAGUCUGAUACCUCAUUGGCCUCUUUUCCUGUCCGCUUUGUGUACCUGGCGUAAUGGAUGUGUUUCUUUGUUGGCCAUCUUAAUUCCUCCGUAAGACGACUUCUAGGUCAUCACUUACUGAAAACAGACAUCAAGAUGUUGAUAUGAAACACGUGUUAUUUCUCCCAGAAUUUGUAUAGCUUUGGUCCUUCAAUGACUGGUACUGGUAUGCUACAUUGCUUUGAAGUGCAAUAGAAAGCUGGAAGGUCAGUAAGUGUUUUUUAAUAUUACUUUUUCUGUUACUACAAUAAAUAUGCCUUUCCAUGAAGGAUAUGAGAGGCCUACCAUCUGAAACAUUUGCACUAUGCUUUUAAAUGGUUUGUUAAACACAGAGACAACUGUUUCCUCAGUAUACAUUUUUAGGUGAUUCGGUAACUGGCUUUGUGAUUUAAGUCUUCAUUGCAACUAGAUUCGUCUUUCCUUUUAAACCAAGUCUACCAAGUGUGGCUCAUUUGUCUGGUUAAAAUGCAUUCUUUAGCUACUAGGUAUUUUUGCAGGCAUCGACAGCCUGUUCUCCUUUUUCUCUUCUCAAUAAGAUGUUGAAUGUAACAGUGAAAAUGGGCAUAGUUGUGGGGAAAAAGGCCUGCUGCAACACUUGUGCACUGUUUGUUACUUGCAAAUGUAAUUAUUUUGUUCUGUGAUUUGAUCUUUCUGUUCUUAGAAGAUGUAUAUUUUUUCUAAAUGAUUUCUUUGUGUAUAUAAGGUAUGUUCUUUAACGAAGAAAAGCAAUGCAAUAAGGAGCUUUGCACAGUUUGUUUUCAAACAAGAUACAUUUGAAAAAAAAAAAAAAUCACCUACCUAAAGAUGCAAUUGUUUCAACUUCUCAGUAACUUGAUUUGAAGGCAAUGCUUGAAUUUUGAUAAAAACAGAGAUGAGUAGUAAGGGCAUAGAAUUACUUGCCACUGAGCUUUUUCAGUUUCUUGCAGCAUACCAAAUCUCUUAAUUAGCUAUUAAGGAAGAUUUCUGUAAUAAAUUCAGGGAUUGCAUAACAAAAUUUGACAAUUUUAUUGUUCAGGUGCUUGAGAGUGUCUGUAACAAGAUGCAUGAGAUUUUCUUUCAUUGAGCAAGUGUCCCCAUCAAGCAAACUUUCUUUUCUUCAUGGGUUUAAGGAAAAAUAAAAAUGCUGCAACACAUCAGAAGUCAGCAGCUACCACUGUAUGUGCAGCAGAUUAGAGGAACUAGAAAACUUCAACCAGGUUUGGAAUUCUGUAUGACCUGCACUUUAUAAUAAAGCCGUUUUGCAACUUCAAUCAGCAAUCAAUCAUUAACGUUAUUUCAUUUAGUAAAGAAUUUCAUUUGAAAAAAAAAAAGGUACCUUGUAACAGCUUGUUUUUGAAUGUUUUAAAAACUAGAAUGACAUAUAGAGAACUGUUGAUACAUCCCCUGUACAUCAUGUUUAAAUUGGUUUUAUGUAGUUAUCAAGUUUGUUUUGUUUAGAUAUGUGUAUCAAACUGGAACUUUUUUCAACUGUAAAUAUAUGGUUUUGUUAAAUAAAGUAAUGUAAAGUUAUCUUAA